AUGAAGCUACCUUUUGAAAUUUUUCUUAUCUGCUUUGUCCAAACGAUGCUAAUUCUUCUCCGAGGCCUCUUACUCAGAAACUCCAAACGUGUAAGCGUUUUCCUGUCAACGGGUCCUAAUAACAUCUAUUGUUGUUUGUCCAAUGGUUCACAAUUCGUCUCACCUUCGUCCCACACUUUCUUGUUAUGGAUCACUGGUUUUUUGUGUUUUUUUCGAUACCCAUUUGUUACAAAAGUGAAUUUUGAUAGUUUUCAUGAAGUUUUUAAUAGGGACGUAGUUAGUAAUAUUGUUAGGGAAGACAAAUGGGAUGAUUUUAGGAUUGUUAGCGUGUUUGAGUCAGCUUUAGCUCCAAUUUUAGUUUCUAGAAUUUUGGUCGAAUUGAAGGGAGAACCAAGAUUAGCUUUGAAAUUGUUCAAGUGGGCCAAAAGGCACACUGGGUUUUGUCACACUACAGAAUCUUAUUGUAUUCUUGCUCACAUUUUGUUUUGUUCUAGAAUGUGUAUUGAUGCUCAUGCAAUUCUCAAAGAUUUGGUUAGUUCAAAUAGGGUGUUGCUUGGUGGUGAUAUAUUUGAUAUAUUGUGGUCGACAAGGAAUGUUUGUGUUCCGGGGUAUGGAGUAUUUGAUACAUUGUUUAGCGUGUUGGUUGAGUUGGGAAUGCUUGAGGAAGCAAGUGAGUGCUUUUUAAGGAUGAAGAGAUUUAGAGUUCUACCUAAAGUGCGCUCUUGUAAUUAUCUCUUGCAUACCCUUUCAAAGACUGGCAGGGGGGAGUUGUCAAGAAAGUUUUUUAAGGAUAUCAUUGGGGCUGGAAUUUGCCCGUCAGUAUUUACGUAUAAUAUAAUGAUAGAUUAUGCUUGUAAAGAAGGGGACUUUGAAACUGCAAGGAGCUUGUUUGCACAGAUGAAAGAAAUGGGGGUUACACCAGAUAUUGUUACUUAUAAUUCUCUUAUUGAUGGCAUGGGAAGCUUGGGCAGUUACAGGUUUCAAUGUCUAUAUAUGAGGAAAUGA